AAAUUUUGAGCACUCACACAAUUAACUAAUAAUAACAAUCAAUAAAUCAAAUUAGUUUGUCAAUUAAUAUGGAUACAAGUGAAAACUGAUUAAUGAUUAAUUGAUGAUCAUUUCUUUGAAUAUACAAUUUGUAAGGCUUUUCAAAUUGUUUAAAUGAUUAACCUAAUCAACCAGAACAAUAAUUUAAUUGUUAUGGAAAGAAAGAAGAAUCAACAAUCAACAACAAUGAAAUCUCAAUGUUACCUGUCUGCAAUUAUUAUUAUUCUGUUAAUUGUCACUGAUGUGCUGACCAGUUCACUGAUUAUCAAUGGAAAUCAACCUAAAUCAUUAAAAGAAUCAACUUCUGGAAAUGUUUUCCUCUCAUCUACUGCUCUUCAUACAGAAAUUACAUUGAAUUCUGGUGCAUUGGCAAAUCGUAUUAAUCGUGGUCCACAUUCAAGUGAACUUUAUUUAAAUCAUUUCCCCCACCGGUCAACAAGUUCAAUCAGAUGAUCAUCAUCUUCUCAUCAACAUGUAACCAUAAAUCAAAAUGAUGUCAAUAGAUUAUUGGUUAAUUUAACUCAUCACAUUUCCAAACCAUUACUAGUUGAUAAACGAUUCGCAGAGACAAUAAUUAAUAAGACAACAGUUUCACCAAUUAACGAUAAGGACACAAUUACCGUUACCACGAUAACCUCUUCAUCUUCAUCUACUCCAACCUUAUCACCGGCCAUCUUAACAACACCUUCACCUUUGACCCAUAAAAAAGGUCUUCUACCAACAAGUAAUUCAGACAAUUUAUCAUCUACUAAUCAAGGUAUUCCACUGUUGAACUCUGGACAUGUUAUCAACAAAUCGAGUCCAUUAAUUUCAUCCUCGAAUCGUCAAGUAUCACCGCUCAUCUAUUUAUCUCGAGAUCCAACAUCACCCGAUAAAUAUGAAUCUCGAGCUUCAGCUUCAACGGAUGACAUUCAAUCAGAAUCGCCUGAUAGUUAUUCUAACGGUAGUGGAGCCAAUCGGACAGUUGAUAGUCAAGAAACGGAUAAAAAUGAUCUACCUCCUCGUCGAGGUCAACUUCGUGAAGCCGAGUCAUCGGGAAGUUCCGGUUCCAGUGGUGAGAUGAAUCUUCCUUAUAAUUAUUCAGAUUCAUAUAAUAAACAGAAUCGUUAUAAUUUCAAUAUGCAACCACUGGUGGGUAAUUCUUAUGGUGCAUCUUCACCAAGUAUUCAUGGUAACUCAUUUUAUAAAUAUGGACCACCGCCGAAAAUGAGCCGACCUUAUCCCAUGAGUUAUUCAUCUUUAUCAUCAUCAUCUGAUUCGUACCCAAUGUCACCAUCGUAUCCAGGUCGACCUGUUUCGGGUUCUGGUGGUUAUGGUUCGAGCUCUUCUUCGGGUCCCUCCGGACCAAGUGGUCCACCAAUACCUUAUCCCCUGCGACCAAUCAAUUCAAGUGAAAUUGAUGCAAUGGUGGCACAGCUUCGUAAUCAAUUGAGACCAAAAGCUUAUCCGAUGACCAGUCACUUUUCUAACGGAGGUUUAGGUCAAAAUCGAUAUCAACCGUUUACCAAUGAUUAUUAUGCAGCACCAACAUCGUCCAGAGGAUCAAUGAGAUCAUCAUACUCUUCAUCAGUGUUACCACCACCUUCGUCGUCUUUACAUAAUCCAAAUGAAGGAUGGUCUUCAUCUUCCUCAGCAGUUUCAUCUUCAUCUGCUUCGAUUCCCUCAUCAUCUUCAUCGGCUUCAUCACCCAACUCUGGAUCACCCCCCGGAUCCUCACAAUUCAAUCCAGCUCCCACUCCUUUGACAUCAUCUCAAUCCUCCGAAUCGGGUUCAUCUGAGUCUGGCGAUGAUGAAUCUGCCAAUGGAAAUGGUAGUAGCGGUGGAAACAGUGGCCAAGAAGAUGGCGAUCAACCUUAUAACACGAAUAAUUAUCAAACUGCUCAUUCAUCAAAUCAAGAAAACACCAAUAAUGAAGAUUCGGAAAGUUAUACUCGAGUAAAUGGUCCAACGGCUACUGGUCCACCUCCGACUGGACUUUCAGGUUCACAGUUUACAAGUGAUUUUGCUAAUAGUAUGAUGAAUUAUGGUAAAUUUCCUGGUGAACCUGGAGGUGGAUUUGGAUUGUCAGCUGAUUUCACGGUCACUAGUGGUCCUGAUUCAAUUAGUGGUCUUCAUGGAGGACCAGAUCCAACAGCAAUGGCUAAUUUGGCUAAUUCCGCUGACGGGUUUUCCAAUUCUCUGUCUUCUUUUCCCCUUGAUUCUGUCCAAUCGCUUGAUCCAUUAGGAGGAAUGGGUCCAACUGGAUUUAAAUCACCUCAUGAAUAUAUUCACAAUUAUUAUGAUACCGAACCAAAGGAUAAAUUCCGUUAUGUUGGUGGACGUCCUGUUGGUGGUGGUGGUGGUGGUCAAGAAUAUUAUAAUAAUGAUUAUCAACAGGCCAAUCGACCCUCACCCUAUGGGCAUCAAAAUACAAUGAAAGAUUUCAUGAGAGUCGUUGAUUCAGUUAAACAUGUUGUCUACAAGAUGAAACCUUUGAAAACUGUGGCCUCUAAAAUGUAUCGAGAUUUUACCGAUAAAAUGAAGAAACGAAUUAAAAGUUUCCGUGGUCCAACAGGUCAACCAAUUUCCAUUCAAUCUCCUCAUCAUAAUCCACAUAAUCCACAUAUGCCUAACGGUCCACAUGGACCACACCAUCACCACCAACACAUGAUGCCUCUUCCUCACCCUGGUUUUGGUCCAAGUCAUUUGGGUCAAGCUGGACCUUUAAUGGGACCAAUAGCGAUUCAAGGUAUGGGAGGCGUUGGAGGUUCAGGGGGAAUGGGACAACUUCCCUUCCCAAAUGGAGGGCUAAACGGUUUGAAUCCAAUGACGAUAACGGCAAUGUCCGAAUUAGCUGGGAUCAAGAUACCAGCGCCGUCAGGAGUUGGCGGAGUUCCCGGCUCCUCUAAUGGUAUGAAUGGCUUUGGUGGAAAUGGUGGACUUAAAGGUGGAUUAGCUGAUCUUUUAGGAGGCUUAGGAAGUGGUAAUGGCGGUGGUAACUCAGGAACCAAUGGAGAUGUUUCCAAUUUACUCAAUCAAUAUUUGGGAAUGAAAGAUGGAAAUGAAAAUAAUCCCAACAUGGAAGAUAAUCUGAUGGAUGAAUUAAAUCAAGCUCUAAUCUCUCAAUUAAUGGGUGGAUUAAAACUCCGCCGUGAAGAUGGUAAAUCCAAUGGCGGUGAUUCAAACAAGGUGAAAAAUCAAGGUAGAAUCGAUGGAUCAGCUGAUGAAGAUGGUAGUGACACCGAUAGCGAAAUUGACGACGAUGAAGAUAAAGAAUUUAAAAACUUUGAAAUCGAUCGUCGAAAUGCAAACGAUCAAACUCGUGGAGGAUUAAUGAAUAACAAUCAAGGAGCUUCAAAUCAAUCGCAAUCAAUACUUGAAUCAAAUGGUUUCAUCGCAACUAAAAUCAAUCAACUAAUCAACAGAAAUUCAUUUCCAAUCAAAUCAACUGAACAUCAAGCUCAAUCAUCAAACAUAAAUGCUAAUUACUCUGAUUCUGUUGAAACAAUCAACUCAAAUAGGUUACCUGUUAGAUUAUCAGGAUCAACAAUUACAAUUAAAGAUGCUUUAAUUUCAUAUGCUAAAAGAUUGAAACAAAAUGAUUCAAGUGAAUUUGAAAUGCAAAUGAAACCUUCAAUUGUCAAUGAUACUCAACUUAAUAACUCACCAUCAUCAUCAGAAUCAGUGGAAAUGAUUGGAACCUCUUCAAAUGAUAAUAACAAUACAGAGACUAAAUUAACUAAUCACUCACGAAUCAAGAGAUCAUCAUCAGCUCAAUUAUUCAUUCAACAUGGUAAUUCAGAUGAUGAUAAUAAUAGAAAGACAACCUUAAUUAGUGACGAUAAACACUCAACCAUGAUUUCUCAGGGACAAAUUGUUACCCUCCUACCCAAUGGUAAAGGUGAAAUAGGUAAAAGUUUACCUGGUUUACCUGAAAAAUUACGUCGACAAUUAAAUGAUGAUCAACGAACCAUAAUUUCACAAUUAUUAACUACAACUCUUAAUGAUGGUACAUUUCAUCAGCAGGAUAAAAAUGAAAUUGAUAAUCAAAAUUAUAUUAAUAAUAAUUUUGAUUACAAUGGAUUCAAAAUGAAUACAAACAAUUUACCAUUUCAUUUUUUUGAUAAUCAUAAUCAUCAUAAUCAUCAUCAUCAUCAGAUUAAUCAAUUUGGUAAUUUAUCUAAUGAAACAUUAUUUGGAUUAACUGAUUCUAUUAAUACAAAUGAAUCAAUAUUACCAAUUAAACCUUUUUAUUGGCUAAAUGGUAAUGAUAAUCAGGGUAAUCAACAUGAAUCAAAUCAGCUGAUUGAAUUAAUGGAUCAUGAUAUUACCAAGGUUACAUCUCAAUUUCCAACUCUAAUUGAUUACAUGAUGCCGGAAAUAUCAGAAAUUGAUGCGGAUGAAAUUUUAAAGACUAAAUCAUCACCUUUAUCCACACACUUCAACAAUCAAAUGUCAACAUCAGCUGAUAAUAUGCAAAUAUCUUCUUAUCCAGAAUCUUCAUCUGCCCAUUCAAAAAAUCCGACAGCACCUUCAUCUAAACCUGAAAUCUACCUGAAGAUAAUUGAAAUAACACCUCAGGAGCCUUUAAUCUUGACCACUCCAUCGCCAGCAAUUAAAAGCAUAACAACAAAACCAUCAAAUGAUUUUCAACAAAAUGUCAAGUCAACAAUCAAUAAGAUUAAUGAUAAAGUUCAUUUUCCCGUUAGCACCUCAUCACCUUUGUCCAGUAAAAGUGAUCAGAUUAAAAAUCUUUGGAAACGUUUUCCCACUCCGAUAAUCUGGCCGGUGGGCUCAGGGAUUCGCUCUCGUCCCAACGAUGGUAAAUCAAAAUCAUCCAACAUCCACAAAGAAAUAAACAACAACAAUGGACUUGGAUUUAAACUUCCCAAAGGACCUUUACCUUUACUACCAACCAUAAGUCCAGGAUUAAUUGAGACCAUGAAAAAGGCAAGAUUUUUCUUCCAUCAUCCUCCAAAUUUAUCUUCAUCCGCAUCACCAUCAUCAGUAAAAUCUUCAUCAUUAAAAACAUCUCAACAAUCCAAUCAAAUAAAAUCUCCAAUUCAACAGCAAAAUCAACCUUUAACCACUCCACGACCACCGAUAAUCUUUGUCCUUCUCAAUCCUAAACUUGAUUCAUCUUUAUCAUCAUUGUCACCACUUUUAUCAUCUCCAAUUCAUCACAAUUCACUCAAUGGAAUAGUAACAAAAUCAUUAAAUCAUAAUAAUAAUAAUAAUAAUAAUCUUCUUGUUCAACAACCAUUUUCAUUGAACGAUUUAACCAAAAAUUAUCAAAUUGCUCUGGGAAAUAGGAAAAAAAUUAACUCUCUAAAUCAAAUUAACAAUCGAUUAACAUCAUCAUCAAAUCAUAUUCCAAUUCCAAGAUUAUUAUCUCCAGUUAACCGUAAAAGUAUAGACACAGAAUCACCUAUGAAAUUGUCUCCAUCAACUUCAACCUUCACCCACACACCAUCACCAUCACCACUCAACCCAUCAUCACCUACAUCCUUAUAUAAUUUGGAAGGCAGAUCAAGUGUUGAUAAGAUGAUACUUUAUCCUGUACCAAUUAAAUCAAUUGAGAAGACCAAUUCACAAUUACCAUUAAUGAAAACACUUCAAUCAACAGCAAUUGAAUCAUCAACUAAAUUUUCAACUGAUUCAUUAUGGAUUCCAACAAUUAAAGGAAAGGUAACAACAGAUAAAGAUACAAUUAACUCUUCAACUCCUAAAUACAGUCAACCAUUAGAGUCUCGAAGCAGCGAUAACUUUAUUAUAAGAAAUUUAAAUCCCAAAGAUUAUCCAAACAAUUCUAAUCACAAUCAACAGGAAUGGAUUCCAAAGAGCUGAUUCAUUGGCGAAAUUCAAAUUAAGACAAAAUUCUGUGCCACCAGACAUAUAAUAAUAUCUAUCAUUUAUCUCACCAUCAUCAUCAUCCUCAUCAUAAUCAUCUUGAAACUCUCAUUAAUCAACGAUAAUAAUAGUAAUCAUAUUUGUUAUCAUUUCAUUUUCGCCAUUUUCAAAUCAUCCACCAACAAACAACUUCAACACUAUCUCUCCCUGUGAAUAU